AUGAGUUUAUUAUUCAAAAAUUGGUUAGGGAAUCCAUUUUGUUUCUUUUAUAUAACAACAUUUUACCUUUUAUUUGCUGAAACUCAAGGUAUUGGAAAUUCGGUGAAUCCUAAAUUAUCAUGUCCUCGAGGUUAUACGCAAAACGGGAAAGUAUGUUUAAAAGUGGAUUACGCUGAUUUUAUUUUACAAUGUCCUAAAGGAAGUCAUUUAAAUGAUAAUGUUUGUAUAACAAAAGAACGAGUACGUGCUGGUCAUCGAUGUCCAGAUAACUAUGUUAUGAAACGGGAUGAAACAUGUGAGAAAAUUGAACGAUUUCCUUUAAGAAUGGAAUGUGAUAAGGAUUAUAUGCCUAGUGAUGGAAUGUGUGUACAACGUGUUCGAUCCGAACCAAAUUUAUCCUGUCCAAGAGGUUACAAAAUAGAAGGCAUUAAUUGUGUUCGUUUUACGAAAAAAAACCCUAAUUUAGUAUGUCCUCAAGGAACAACAAGUCGUAAUACGAGAUGUGAACGAAUUGUUACAACACCCCCUUUAAUGAAUUGUGAUAAAGAUUUUGUUCUAAUAGCAGGAAUGUGCGUCAAGGAAAGCACCGUACCAAAAAUUAUUGAAUGCAGUAAGGAUUUUGUAAUGAAUGGAUCCGUUUGUACACGUCAAAUUGAAAUGGGUAAUUCAGAGUUUGUUUGUCCUUUUGGUACAACUAAAAAUCGUAAAAAGAAUAAAUGUCAACAAUUUGAAACUGUUCCAGGAUCUUUAGUAUGUAGAAAUAGAGGAUUUAUUUUAGAGAACGGAAAAUGUGUUAAAAUUGAAGAAAUGGUUCCCGAUGUUAUAUGUGAAAAGGGUUAUCGUCAACAUCAUGAUGGUCAAUGCGAACGUAUUGUAGAAAUUGAAGGGCAGAUUAUUUGCCCCAAUGGUUCUCAGCCAAAAGGAAAAAAAUGCAUUGCUUUAGAAACUGUUCAACCUCAUAAUUUAUGUCCCGAAGGUUAUGAUCAUGAUGCCGUUCAUGAACGUUGUGUACAAAUAUCGAAGCAACCAGCUUCCAUACGUUGUGCUAAGAGUUUCAAAGAACAAGAUGGGCAAUGUAUACUAACAAGUGACGUUCCACCUGAUUUCGUUUGCGCAGAAGGCACGGUGUAUCGCGGGAAUAUGUGCGAAAGUGUCCAUGUAGUUGAAGCGCAAAUACAAUGUCAACGGGGACGUUAUGAAAAUGGAAUGUGUGUUGAACUUUCUAUACGACCACCCAAAGUCUCUUGCCCAAGAGGAUUUACACAGGAAAAUGGUGCAUGCGUCGCACGAGAUAUUGCUAAAUUUGAAUCUGUAUGUCAAGACGGAUUUCUGCCUCACUAUGAUAUGUGUGAUAUAAUAACCUCCUCCGAACCUACCCGAAUGUGUCCACGUGGUUUUUCUGUUGGCUUGUCUGGAAAAUGUCAAAAAACAGAAGCCACCGAAGUAAAACCUUACUGCCCUCAAGGAACUCGUUUAAUUCAUGGUGUAUGUCUUAGCAAAAAAUAA